AUGGCUUCUUCAUUAAAAGGCAUCAAAGUCAUUGAAUUGGCUGGUCUAGCUCCAGGCCCAUUCGCUGGUCUCCUCUUAGCCGACUAUGGCGCCUCUGUACUCCGCAUAGACAGACCAGGAAGCGUGAACGCAGACCAGCUAACAAGAAACAAAACAUCAAUCACACUCGACCUGCGCGAUGAAAACUCACGGAGCGUGCUCAUCCGCCUGCUCACCGCAGCAGAUGUGCUAAUCGACCCAUUCCGGCCAGGCGUUCUCGAGCGCCUCGGUCUCUCUCCGACAGAAGUUCUCCUGAAGCACAAUCCGCGAUUGAUAGUCGCACGCAUGACGGGCUUCCGGCGAGAUGGAAAGUACAAAGAUAUGGCGGGCCACGACAUAAACUACAUCGCUGUGUCGGGCGUACUAUCAAUGCUCGGACGCGCCGGCGAAAAGCCCUACGCACCAGGAAACAUCCUAGGAGACUUCGCUGGUGGCGGAGCCAUCUGCUUCCAGGGUGUUCUGCUAGCACUCAUCUCCCGCUCGCACACUGGCCGAGGGCAAGUGGUCGAAGCCAACAUGGUCGACGGCUCAGCCUACCUAGCAACAUUCCCCCGACUUGCGCGUCAGACUCCAGCCUGGGGCGAGCCGCGAGGCCAGAACCUGCUGGAUAGUGGGUGCCCCUACUAUGAUACAUACGAGACCAAAGAUGCCGGAAAAUAUUUCGCAGUCGGGGCAUUGGAGCCACAGUUUUACGCGGCGCUGCUGCGUGGACUAAAUCUCGAUCCGAAGAAGACUCCUAAGCGUGAAGAUCGUGCUAAUUGGCCUGCCCUACGGGAUAUAUUCACUCGUCGGUUCAAGGACAAGACUCGCGCUGAGUGGGAGGAUAUCUUCGACGGUACGGAUGCCUGUGCAACUCCCGUGCUGGAGCAGGAUGAACUCGAAGCAUCAGGCUACGAGCAGCGCCCCAUUGUCCACCUGGCGAGCACGCCUGCAGCCCCGAUCCAAGCCGAUCAGGGUGGUUGGAGCGGCGGGGUUCUUGUACCCGGUGAUGGAGGCGCGGAGACUCUUAGGGUGUGGAUGGGGUGGGAGCAAGACAAGGACUUCACCCCAAGCAAGAAAGUAAUCUCGCCCUUGAGCGUUCCAGUUCGAGCCAGUCUACACCAGCUCUAUGCCCUGCUUGGACCCCCUGAGUGGCAGGAGAUUACCAAAACCUUGACCUUGAUUUCGCCCGGCAUUUCGGAUGCUAGCUCUCGCUCACGUGGUGCGCCCAUUACAGGGACGGCUAACUACCUGGCUGCCAACCCUGCGACCUGGGAGAAGACGUGGGCACUGUGGACCGGUAUUGUCGCCAAUGUGCCUGGCUGCACUGGUGUUACGGGCGGGUGGAUGGUGGAGCCGGUUGAUGGCUACAGCCCCUGCUUUGUAACUGUAUUGACCCAGCCUCAGUGUGGCUUUGCUGAGUACUCCACCCGCCAAACUGGGUUGGAAGGUACUUUGUCCGUCGUGUUCCGUAUCGACCAAUCAUUCUGCCCAACCAAGGAACGGCCGGUCAAAGUCCUCUUCUCUCCCCGACCUAACUCUCCUCCCCUUAAGGUCCAACUGCCCAUACUCUGA